AUGGAAACUUUCGUAGAGACAAAUCAUCCGUCAAAAGCCAGGAUCAAUGAUAAAACGUUUAAAAAGAUAAAACUCGACGAAUAUUACACCACGAUGGACGACGAUAGGGAUUUAGUUCAAGAUACUGACAGUGUGAAGAUGGCCAGCACAAGCUUUCAGGGGAGCUCUGGCCGCAAUGUGACAGGUCUUCCUCCUGUUGCACCUAACUUGGCAUCCUCUCUACCUCAGCUCACAUCAGAGACAGAAUUACAAAAGUUGCUCGCAGAUGAACGCAUGCGGAGUCAGAUGCACAAGACAAAUUAUGAACAGCUAAAAGAGGAACACAAACGGCUACAAGAUGAGUUUGGACAUUUGGAGGAAGAAAUCAAAAGAACCGUGGAAGAGAGUAAGAUUGUACAGGAGAAGUAUAAGACCAUGUAUGAACAGGCGCGAAGAGAACUUGGGGAGAAAAGUGCUCAGUUGGAGGAAAUUCGCACCAGUGUGGUCACUCCACAAAGGCUUGAAAUAAUUCGUACACAAGCCACAGAAGAAAUCUCCAAGAUGUACAAAGAGCGCUUCCACAAACAGGAACAAGAAGUGGAGGAGUAUCGCAUGCUGUGUAACCAGCUGAAGCACACGCUGGCCUUCACUCAGUCGGAGUACGAGACACAAAAGGCAGAAUACCAGAGGAUAGUUGAGGAGUAUAAACUAAGUGCUGAGGCAGAGGUGACAAAUCUACGUAAAGAAAGGGAGACAACCAUCACAAAGGUUCGCGAGGAGAGUAGCCAGGAUGCGGAGCGUGUGCGGAUUCUUCAGAAAGAGAACGCACAGCUUCUGUUAAAACUAAAGACUCUGACUCUAGAGCUGGAGGAGAUUCACGCUCAAAGGGAGAAGCAGGGCUUUGAGACGGACAACAUUACUCGAGUCCAGGGCAAGCAAAUCACAGAGCUCUCAGCUACCAUCAAGUCUCUGGAGACUGAAAGAGAGUCUCUGCGCCAUCAGCGGGAUCAGUUACAGAGGGACCUGGCCCUGACCGGAGACACACACAACAAGCUGACCGGUCAGAUCCACGACCUGGAGAAAGAGAACGCCAUCUGUAGGGGAAAGGUGGAGGAAAUCACGCACAAAAACAAAGUAGACCUCACCAACCUCAAAAUGGAGAUGUUGAAGCAGCGAGGGGAGUUGGAGAGGGAGAGAGACAAGUUACUGAAUGUGGUGGAUGACCUACAGACCAAGCUAGAGAUCAGCAAACACAAGAGUGACCAGCAGGCUCGGGCCCUGGUGGAGAAAGAGAGGGAUGCUGUCCGUAGGGUGCAGGCCGCCAGGGAGGAGGAGUUUGUCAAACUGACCAAAGUCGAGAGUGAAAAGCUGGCUUUGGAGACCAAACUGCAGGAAAUGGACAGGCGAAAGAUUGAUCAAGAAGCAUACAAACAUGCAGAGAAAGAGAAAAUGGAGGAUCGAAUCCGAGCAACAAAUGACGCAAAGGAAGCGGCAGAGCGUGAACUUCUAGUCCUAAAAAGCAAAGUUGAUCAUCAUAACUCUCUACAGAACCAGUUAGAACGUGAACGCAGUGAAAACUCAGACUUAAAAAGUAAAAUUUCGAGAUUAGAAACUGAAGUUAAUGCAUACCUCGGAAAUGAACAUGAUAUGACGGAUGAUAAUUUACGUCUGAGAAAUCAAGUAGAGUUACUAAAGGAGGAAAUCAAACUGACCAAGUCUCAGUUAAAGAAAGUGCAGGACAAUCAUGACAUUAUCUUGAUGCAGCAAAAAUCAGCAUUCACUGAGGAGAAAGCCCAAGUGGACCAUAGGCUACAGGAGUUACACGGACAGCUGAAGGAACUGCAUGGGAAGUACCAGAGGGCACUCACAGCCUAUAAAAAGUACAAGAAGAAAAGUAUACAUGUGGUGGAAAGAUUAAAAGACAAAGUAGAAAUUUUGGAAGCCAAGAAUGUAGAAAUUGAAUUAGAAAAGAAGGCUCUACAAGCCUGUGUACCUCAGGAUAUGUAUAGCAAGCUGAAGAAACAGUGGAAGGACCUACAAAGGCGCCACAAUGAGUAUAAGAAGGUCCUUCUGUCCAGCGUAUUCCCCGUCACCAUCGGAGACAUGUCCUUCGCCAACGUCACAAUGCCGGCAGAUCUGACCUUCCUACCGGGCAACAUCAGCUACACUGAACAGGAGAGAAAGCAUCAGGAGGACUUGCGACUUCUAAAGCAGAGGCUUGACCGGGUGGACGACAACCAGCGGAAACAGUUGGACGAGCUGCAGGAGAUCGCCAGCAGUACCUUCCGUGGGACGUUCCCGGACCUGGACGAGAAGAUCGGGGAGCGGAUCGUAGAGGAGAAGAUUGUGGAGACAGAGACUGUGAUAGAACAUGAAAGGAUUGUGAAAGAUGUCAGUGUGGAGGAACAUUUGGAGGAAAGCAUGGAAAAAGCCGACCCGGAGAAGUCCAGUUGAUGACGGGGUCAGGGGUCGUCAGUCUAAUUCAUACUCAGUUACUGCUGUAACAGUGUCAUGGUUGUAUAAACGCAGGAAACACGGCUUUUACCACAUCACAUGUAUGCCAGUGCUAUAAUUACAAUGGUGAAAUUGAUUUUCAUAAUUUACUCCUCGGUGAAAGGAAAUUUUUUAAUCUGGACAAGAUUUAAAAUGUCUUAAUCAUCAAUUGUCACUCCAUGCCUUGGUUGGCAGUCAUUAAGGAGAUGGUACAUGUGUUUAAUAUUCCUGCCAUUUGAUAAUUACAGGCCACCUGAUUACAGAUGUUAUAUUUAUACCAGUAACUCUCUUCUCUAGCUGUGAUAUGGACCUAGUGGAUAUUUUCUCUUGAUAUAUACAUGUAUUCAUGCCAGUUAUUUUUUGUUAUUUGAUACUGAGCUCUUCUUUAUCUCCCUGUGCCUUGAUGUAGACUAAGCUAACAACCAGUAGGUGGAUAAUGUAGCAGCAACGAGGUGCUUUGAUGCAUGUUGUAAUUAGCACUGGAUGAAACAUUCAGCUGAUCUGUAGUGGUACAAUUUCUAUAAUGUGUAGUUCAGUAGUUUUCAUUUAUAUUUUUAUACAAGUCAUAUAUCCGUAAGGUAAUGUUAAUUCUAUCUUUAUACAUUUUACACAAAUUUCAACUUAUUCAUCCCUCAUAAAGAACUGUUGUUUCUGGUACAUGGAGAUUGCGAGUUCAGUAGAUUUGUUGUUGUCUGAUAUUUUAUUACGAGAAUAAAUUAUUUAUGAUGAUCUA